GGCACAGGGGUCUUUUUUCGCUCACAUGUUUGGCUGCAGCCGACUGUGAAGAAGCAGUCCCACAAAUCUAGGCACGUUUAUAAACUUUAUUACUGAGUUUGUAUUAAUAAAAACCUCACCGUCUCUCGACAAUGAGUUCCCAGAUUACUUGUGUCGGAUGGGUGGGGAGAGGCGUUGCCAAGGAAACCCCGGACAAAGUGAGUAACCUAGCGACAUGGGUAAAGUAACGUUAGCAGAGCAGAGGCUAAUAUGUCAACAGGGCAGAUUUAUCUAAUUAUUACCUUCAUUCCAGUGAGGAAAAGUGUUAAUUUUUUAGUUUUAUACAGCUCUUCAGACAUUUUAAACACAUAGAUUACCGUGUCAUUAACGUCAUAUGUAAUGAGAUGUUUUUGUCUGAUUAUUCAGAUUAAUGGACAUACUAUAGCACUUGCAUAGACAGGAUUGAAAUGCAUUUUAAACAAGCUCUAAAAAAGAAAAAGUAAAGCUAUUUAUAUGGCAAAUACAUCGCAGUUUAAGCAGCAUGUUUGGUAUAUUAUUUUCUUUUUGAUGUUCAGAUUUUAUUUUAUUUUCCAAAUUUACCUUUUACCAUGCAUCAUUAAGCAGUGGUCUGAUCUAGGGAACAAUUAUAAACAGAAUUCAAAUAGCGUAGAGAAUGACAUGAAAGGGAUAAAACAUGAGGGGAAAACAAAACAAAAAAAAGGGUAAACAAAGAAAAACCCCAACACCACAACCAUGUGUUAUCAACUAAAGAAAUAUGUGUCCUUGUACUGAUCAAAAAGUAUUUUUUAUCACCAGUCAGCUCAGUCUGGCACCUCCAAAACUACUGUUUCCCCUCCAGAUAGUUUCACUUAGAUCUUUGGUCAAGUAAUCCAUAAUGGGCCGCCAUGUGUCCAUGAAGAUAUCAUCAUUAUCUUUUAAUUUGGCACUAAGCCGAGGAAACUCUAAAAAUGUCUUUGUACCACACUGAGUCACAGUCGGAGGUUUGUCACUAGUCCAGUUAAAUAGUCAACAUUUUCUGGCCAAAAAUAAGAGCAUGUUCAGUAUUUGAUAUUGCUCUCUUCUGCACAGACUCAGUGACUUUUUUCCUUGUUACACCCACUUUCUCUCCUACCUCUUCUAAUAUCAGGUGGAGUUGAGCCAAGAGGAGCUUCAGCGCAUCAUCACUGAAGCAAAAGAGGAGCUGGGGUAUGUGGAAACUCUGUUUACUACAGUGUGUGUUUAUGCUUUAUCUGUCUGUGAAUGAUAGGAAGUAUAGUUAGCAGCUUGAAACCAAGCAUAGACCUAUAUUUGUGUUCUCUUUUUUCUGCUUCUCCAUGUUUACCUCCUUUCCUAAAUCAGGGAGCUGGCUGAGGAUGAAGAAGAGGAUGAUGAAGGUAUCGCCUCAGAUCCUAUCCCAGAAGUUGCUGAAACUCCAGAAGAUGGGAAUGGAGAAGAAAAUGAGGAAGAUGAUGAGCUGGCAGAGUAUGGCUUAGAUAAAUACGAUGAAGAAGAUAUAGGUAAAGAAAAAAAUGUGGGAGAUGAAUGUGGGUUUUAUUGGUGUUGAAAGAGUGGGGGCUUCAUGACUGUGUCAACUUGUCGUUAUGAUAGAAGAGGCCUUACGCCAAAGGAAAAUUCUAUUUAGAGGUGCAAUUAAUUCAAGCAUUUAAUCUUAUCUUAAAAAGUCAGUGUAGCUUCUCUAAGCAAAAUGAGCUAUUAACCACAUCAGAGCAGAGCCCUCCUUCUGUGGUAUUAACAAUUGACUAUUUGGCUGAUUGACUAUUGCCUACUACAGCAUCAGCUUAAGGUUACAGUAGUCAAUUUGGGGAUUUCUUAGUGAAACCCUUUGUAAAGACUGAUUGGUGUUAAGUGUGAUCAACAGCUUUGUUUCAGAUGAUAGAGUGUUUAUCUUCUUAUUUAGCCACGGCUAAUCUGGGCGACAGUCUGGCUGGUCUCACAGUGUUCUGCUCAAAUGAAGAGGAUCCUUACAUCACCAUCAAAGACACAGUGAGUGCCUUUUAAGAUUAUUACAUGCCUACAGAUCCUGUACGCUCUAACCCAAAUCCAGCAAAAUAUAUAAACAUGUAACUGAAAACCUGAGCUGCAGAACGAUGACAAAGGCUGCUUUUUAGAAAUAUUGUUGACAACAAGAUAACAAAACGACCCAAUCACACAUCUACACUCACAUACUCAGGCACAUUUACAAAGAGGAUCACUGAAAAUAAGUAAAUUUGUUUACAAUUUUAUCUUUACAAAUGUAUCGAGGUUACAUCAAAAGUCUUGUAUGCACCUCUCAAAAACCUGUUUCUUCCUCUCACUUUCAGGACCAGUAUGAGCGAGAUGACUUCCAAAUCAGGCCCAGCGACAAUCUCAUCCUGACGGGCAAGGCAGAGAAGGACUGCUGCAACUUGGAGAUCCAUGGUUAGUAUUAUUUGGGCAUGUCAUUUCUGGCUGUUUAAGGUACAAUAUAUAGUAAAGGCAAUAAUGAGUGAUCUCCGGCAGUCACUUUCUAGACUGAAUCGCACCACUGCUCACUUAUCCUGUCAGUAAAUAGUGGCCUUUGGGGACAGGAGGCACAAUAAGAAAGAUUCUGCACCAUGGUCAAGUUUCCACCGUCAGAAUCAUCUACCAAUACAAAAUUUUCAACAUGACACCCACGGUUUUCUUCUUUUCCCCCCUCUUCCUCUUCUUCCAACCAGUAGAUUUUGCUGGGCCACUCAUGAGAGACAAAAAGGUGUAGGUCACUAGUUUGUCCAUUCUGUGCUGUGGUAGGAACAUGACGGUGCAAAAGAUACAGAUUAUUACAGAGAUAAUAUUGUGAUAUAUAUUUAAAUCAUUAGUGUAGGAGAAGGGGUGGGACUAGAUAAGUCUCUUCCCACUCUUUUUUGAACUUGGAUAACUUUUUGUCAUUUGUUGUUGUAUUCUUUACUUUUUUAUUAUUAUAUUUUUUUAAUAUGUUCAAAGUAAACUUCAAUCAAUCAAUCAAUACAAAAAGCUCAUUCUAAGUUAACCGAGACUAAAUGAUCUGGUGUUAUAAUCAGGUGAUUGUGUUGAUUAAAUCUACAUGCUUUUCUGUUAUUUACCUUUCCACUCAUUUGUUGCUGAGUUUUUAUGUAAAAGAGUCCAACAAUUGUUCGUUUUCCCUACAGUUUAUAAUUCCGAGGAGGGCUCUCUGUAUGUCCAUCAUGAUAUCCUGCUGCCUGCUUACCCUCUGUGUGUGGAGUGGUUGAACUUUGACCCCAGUCCUGGAGAGGGACCUGGUGAGAAAACUCACUUAUGACCAAAGACGUUGCUGUUCAUUCUUGGCUAAUCUAAAACUCUGUGGUGGUUUCUGAUUGGAUGUUCUUAAUAUGCGCUUCCCUGACUGUAUCCUGCUCUCUGUGUAACACAGCUAACUAUGCCGCUGUGGGCAACAUGACUCCUCAGAUCGAUGUGUGGGACCUGGAUGUGGUGGACUGUUUAGAGCCUGCAUUCUCCUUAGGGAGCAAAAAAGCGUCCAAGAAGAAGAAGAAAAGCAAGAAGGUACGAGUCUGUCUCCCACAGAUAUCUGUGUCCAAAGAGCAGGUCUGGCAGAGUGAGCCAGGGGGAAAAUUGGGUUAUUAUGCAACAUUUUCAUGAGUAAGUUCUUCAGUUUAUUGAAGGGUACAUUUUGUAAUGUCUGUUGACGUCAAAUGAAAGUAUUUUUAGGUCUCCCCAAGGCCCCAACAUAAUUUUGAACAUUUUUCCACCAUGGUAAUAGGCAUUGCUUGGUCAUUUCCCUUUGUUAUGUCAAGCUUAUUAAUGGUCCUGUUUUCCCAAGUGCACUAAAAUAUUCGUCUUGUCUUUAUUCAUUACAGGGGGCAGCAGCAGAGCCUGUUGAGGGGCACACUGAUGCAGUGCUGGAUUUAUCCUGGAACAAAGUGGUCAGGUCAGUAUUCUCAGAUCCUCCUUAAAGGUUGUUAUACUUUUGUACAACAUUCAUGUUGAUAUGUGAACUUAAUUACAUUAUUCUUCAUCAUGGCUCAGAAAUGUGCUGGCCAGCGGAUCAGCAGAUGACACAGUAAUCUUGUGGGAUCUGACACAAGGCAAACCAGCUACAACUCUGCGCAGACACACAGAUAAGGUACAGUGUGAUUAAGAAAUGACAAAGUCUUUUCUAAAGAUUGUCUAGCUCGCAGUCCUGGUGUCACAACUGCAUCUUAACAAAUCUGAAUAUCAUAAAAAACGUUCAAUAUUUUACAUCAGAUACUUGAAACUCCUGUGAGGACUUUUUGGACAUUUAUUGAACAGACUGAAAGUCACAGUGAUGGUUUUUAAUGACAUGCAAAAGCAAACUGGACCAUUAGCAACAAGACUGACCAUUUUUAUAAAGUAAUUUCUUAAUAUCUGAAACUGGUGUUUAGGGGUAGGUGGCAACUGAGUAACAGGAGAAACAGCCUUUUUGUUACAAUGCCCUUAUAAAUAAAUCAAAAUGAUACUUUUGAUAAUCACACAAAAGUCAACAGAAUGAGACUUUUUCUAAAGGAGGACUCUACUUAGGCAUGUACAGGACAAGAUGGCCAUAGACGGCACCAAAAUUGACACAAACUAAAAUGUUCUUCACAGGAGCAUUGAGAAAAUGAUCGGUAAUGAAGAAGCCCAGUCAAGUCUUUUUGUGUAAAAAAAGGAACACACUUUUCAGAAAUUGCACAUUUCUGUACUUUAAAUCAUUUCUUGAUUGUUGUUGUGAAAAUAUUUUAACUGUUGUUAGACACUGCAUCUCUGAUUUUCAUUAAUUACAGGCCUUUAUCAUUUUAAAUAAUUAAUUAAUUAAUUAAUUAAAACAAAAAAUGGUUGAAACAUUUCACUUGACAUCCUUUGAAUAUUGAAAAUAAUAAAGGAUACCUUUUUGAUUCACAAAAAGAAGAACUUUAAAAACCAUGUUGUAAUUAUUUAAGAUGCAAAUUAAGAAAAGAAAAAACCUGCAGGAAAAGUUUUAGGUAUAAUAACACAAUACAGUACAAGAACCUUAUUGAUCCGCAAAGGGACUUACAUUAAAUGUUUAUGGCAAUUUUCAGCAACAAGACUAAUGACCAAGAACAAAACAGAAAUAAACUUUUUAAAGCUAAAAUGUCAUCUAAUAAAACUAUAACAAAAUGAAAUAGUACAAGUUGGGUACAGUGUUGGGUGAUUUAAAUGGUAAUAAAAUUAAACCUACUGAAAUAAUUUGAUGAAAUGCUGUUGCAAGUGAGUCUCUUGCCAUGAUUUAUAGCCUAAUUUCUCAUUUUGUCAAAGUCUGUUUAAAAAGUUUUCUUGAUCUAAUUAAACUUUUUAUUAUGCCUGUAAGUCUACAAGUUUACAUCCACUUUUGUAAAACCCUUUAUUUUGUUUUUCAGGUCCAGACAUUAUCUUUCCACCCAUUUGAGGCUCAGACUCUCUUAUCAGGAUCUUUUGACAAGUGAGUGCAGUCAGCUGUUUUGUUUGGAAAUAAAACAUAGGAUGUCUUCACGCCCCAGCUUCUGAGUUUUAGACUAACAUUUUCUCCCUUCAGGACGGCCAUCCUAUAUGACUGUCGUAGUCCAGACACCAGCUAUCGGACCUGGAGGUUCAGUGGGCAAGUGGAGCGUCUGGUCUGGAAUCACUUUUCACCGUGCAAUUUCCUGGUAGGUGAUCAAACUUUCUGUAAAACGGCCUUCAUCAGAGGUGUCACGUGAUGUUGGUGUGACUCUGAUGGAGGCUGCAGAAGCAAGGUAGCCGAAAAUUGUAAGGAAAAAAAUAACAUUUUUUACCUUUCUUGCCUUUAUAGAUGAACCAUUUUAUAAAUUUUUAAACUCUUAGAGAAUGCUGUACUUGUGUGUCCUUUAUGGUCAUCCUUCAAUCAAAUGUAUUGUCAUGUUUCAGGCCAGCACUGAGGAUGGAUUUGUCUACUGUCUUGACGCACGGUCAGAUAAACCUGUUUUCACACUGAGAGCUCAUGAUGAGGAAGUUUCAGGUGGGUAGAGGUGUUUUUGCUCGUGCAUGUCAGGAAAUGAGAAGAAACCCCACACUUCUACAAAACUGUAGAGUUAUAUUGUGAGCACUGGUUUUGUUUCUUACGGCUCAUAUAGAACAUGUCUCCCUGAAAACCAAUUCUCAUGAAGAGAAAGAAAGAAUCAAGUAUUAAAGGGACAGUGAGCCACUUCCCAAGGCUGUGAAACCUUAACCAGCAUAAAGAUUUAAAGUUGUCUGUGAAGUCUCUGAUCAACACUGACAGACCUGCUCUUGUGCUGUAACGGACUUUGUAAUAAUUUGACCUUGUGGUGGAGCUUUUGUUAAUGUUGUUUCUAACAACGCUGCAGGUCUGGACCUCAGCAGCCAGAUUAAAGGAUGCCUGGUCACUGCAUCGGCUGACAAACACGUGAAGAUUUGGGACAUUUUGGGCAACAAACCCAACCUGGUGCACUCACGGGAUAUGAAAAUGGUAAAAAGUUAUCUAUACAGACUGAUAACCUUUAUUUACUUUCCUCUGUUAUUCAUUUAGAUUAAUUAAGACAUGUCAAAUUCAGUGGUUGUUAAUGGACUUGUACAUACUUUUCCAUCUGUGAACAGGGUGUGAUGUUCUGUGCCUCAUGUUGCCCUGAUCUGCCCUUCAUUUACGCCUUUGGGGGACAGAGAGAAGGCUUACGAGUUUGGGACAUUAGUGAUGUUGCAGCAGGUAUUAUACAAUUAAAUCUCAAUAUCUUUCCUUUUACCUAACCCUGUUUUUAUUAAUUUAAUCUAAUUAAAACUGUAAUAAUUACAUGUUUGGUUCUCAGAUCUUUGCUCAUGAAGACAGUCUUUGAGUUAAUCAAUCUCACAUGUUGUUGUGAUGUUUUGUGUUUAGUUGCUGAGGUGUUUGGAAGUCGAGAGCGCCUUGUGGCAAACACAGGAUCACAGGCAUCAAGUUCAGCAGCGACAGCAGAGAUGGAAGUCUCCCAGUGACGUUCUGGAUGCAUCAGCAAACUGUACAUACUAAUAAACUGAGAGGCCCAAAAAACUCGAUAUGGUCUGCUCCCUGGUGCGUCAUCGUUUCAUUCAUGAUAACAAAAUUGAAUUGAAGAAAAGCUGCGGCCAUGAAGGACUCAGAAAGGACAUCAGAGUGGAAACUGGGAGAAAAACACCUGAGGAACUCGUUCAGCUUGUCUCUCUUUAGAUAACAACAGAGGUGAUACAUGCUUCAAAGUAUCUUAAAUCCACAAAAUGUUUCUUGUAGCCAUACGGUGAAUUAGUUCCUGAAUUAAGUUUGUUUUUGUGGUGGAAGACGGUAUAUUGAAAUUUUGAUUUCAUUGAAUUUAUGUAAAUUAUUUACAUUCAUAAAUGUAGUAUGCCACCAAGACUAGUUUCUGUAGAAGUCCAGAGUAGUCUUCUCUCCAUACAUUUUUUUCCUGAUCACAAUUAGUCAUUUUUAUUUUUUUCUUAAGAUCUCAACUUCUUUGCCUUGUUUUAUUGAGACAAAAACUCAGUUUUCCCUGUAAUAGAAAGUUACCUGGAUUGUCUUUACAGUUCAAUACUGUUCACUUCUAUGUUUGCCCAUUCCUGUGUUCGUUUUGUGCCGUUGAAGCUCUGGGGAGAAAGAUCAGUAUCAUCUGAUAUUAAGUCAUUAACCUGUUUUUACUGGAAAACUGUGUAAAAUUAUCCUCUGAAUGCCUGACAGUGUGUACUUGGCUGUAUUUUUUACCUGAGUGUCCUGGUAGUUAUUAUUUAAAAAAAUGAAAUAUUUGGAUAAGGCUAUGCUCACACAUAAGAGUAUUGAGAAAUGUUCACCUUCAGAGAGCUAUAUGUUAAAUAAAGAAACAUAAAUACAGUUCA